AUGGCAAACCAGAAGCUUGCAUCGACUCUUAUCCUUUCCUCUGUAUUUAGAUGCUUAACCGUCAAAGGAGACACCGAAGACUUUAAAAGCAAGAUAAAGCAGGAAGCAACAGUUGAAACACAAGAAGAAUUUUUAUAUUUGAUCAGAAGACUGCAGAAGUUACAGGAUAUAAAGCCAAUUACGGAUUUAUCUUUGUUUAAGAAAGGGAUUGAGCCAAUGUGGGAAGAUCCAAGCAAUCUAAAUGGAGGAAAGUGGAUUAUCAAAAUAAAAAAGAACACGGCAGAGCAGAGGCUAUUUGAAAGCUUAUUUAUAUGGAUGGCACUUGUUCCGUUUUCCACCAUGGAUGUGAAUGGGAUUGUAGUAAGUGUAAGAGGGCAUCACACAAUUCUUUCACUGUGGACAAAAAGCUGUCCAUCAGAAGAGGAGAGACAUAUUCAGGAGAAGGAAAUACGAAAUACAUUAGAGCUAAAACAAAUAAUUCCUGUUUCAUUUAAAGGAAAUGAUGAGUCUCUUAAGGAUAAAUCAUCAUUCCGGCAUACAGUGAAGGAUAAAAUAUCCAAGCAAUAA